GACGUCACUGGGUGCGUGCCUGGGUAGCCCGUAGUAACCCGGAGUCUGCGGAAGUGGAGACCCGUGGGCAGGCGGCUGAUACAGGGGACUGAAGGUUUGUGGAACCAUAAUUUGUGACAUCAGGUAGCUUUUCGUAAGCAGACAUUUAUGAUUCCAGAAGACUGAGGCAGAUAGGAAGCCAUCUCUGAGAGUUUAACAAAGCUCUCAAACAACAAACUACAUUAUGGACAUAAAACUGGACCUUUCCCGAGAUGACCUGCCUCUUAUGGCCAACACCAGCCACAUCCUUGUGAAGCACUAUGUACUGGAUUUGGACGUGGACUUCGAAAGUCGCGUCAUUGAGGGCACCAUAGUGCUUUUUUUUGAUUCUGGAAACAGACUCAAGAAACGGAGUAGUUCCCUUAAGGAAACCUGCCCAUCCGAGUCAAGGGAAGUUCGUGAAUUUAAGACGUCUGAACCCUGCCAUACUCUUGUGACAGAUACAAGGACCUUCUCAUCUAAAGUGGGAUAUGAUGAUUUUGCAAUCUGUGGUAAAGGUGAAAAAGAUAGUUCUGAUAAAGACGGUAACCAUGACAACGAGGAACAGGCUUCUGGGAUUUCUAGUUCAAAGUGUUGCUGUGACACAGGGAAUCAUGGGAGUGAGGAUUUUUUGCUAGUGUUGGACUGCUGUGAUUUAUCUGUGCUAAAGGUUGAGGAGGUGGAUGUUGCUGCUGUGCCAGGUAUUGAAAAAUUUACAAGUUCUCUCCAGCUCACAGUUGUUUCUGAGGAGCUCAGGAAUCAAAUUGUACAUGAACUUGUGACUCUGCCUGCAGAUCGAUGGAGGGAGCAGUUAGACUAUUAUGCUCGCUGCAGCCAGGCUCUUGGCUGUGGGGAACUCCUGUUUGCCACCGACAUGUGGAGCUUAAAGAUCAGGAAGACAGGUGCUCAGACAUCUACUGACUUUCCUCAUGCCAUAAGGAUAUGGUACAGAACCAAACCUGAGGGAAAAUCAGUUACGUGGACCUCAGACCAGAGUGGCAGGCCAUGUGUUUAUACGAUGGGAUCCCCCAUAAACAACAGGGCCCUUUUUCCAUGCCAGGAGCCACCCGUUGCCAUGUCAACAUGGCAGGCUACAGUUCGAGCAGCUGCAUCUUUUGUUGUUUUAAUGAGUGGGGAAAAUUCUGCCAAGCCAAUACAGCUUCAGGAAGGGUGCUCAAGCUGGCAUUACUACGUUACCAUGCCAAUGCCAGCCUCCACCUUCACAAUUGCGGUAGGAUCCUGGGCAGAAAUGCAGCCAGAGGCCCGCUCAUUAUAUGAUCUGGCAACAGGGAGUGCCUUCCUACCUUCCGAGGCCGGCUUCAGGUAUGCUGAUGUUUGUAGUCACAUGGACUAUCCCUGCCGCUUCCAGAGUGUUUCUGCCACCACCCAGGAUGUUAUUCCUCAUCGGGUCUUCACCCCAGUGUGUCUCAGAGAUGUCUGUCAAGAGACCCUUCUGCAGCUGAUCCCUCCUUGCCUCUCAGCAGCACAUUCUAUCCUGGGAACACACCCGUUCUCCAGGCUGGAUGUACUCGUUGUCCCUGCCAACUUUCCAAGUCUGGGGAUGGCCAGCCCACACCUCAUCUUUCUCUCUCAGAGCACCUUGACUGGAAGCCACCUUUGUGGGACCCGCCUUUGCCAUGAGAUUGCUCACGCCUGGUUUGGCCUAGCCAUUGGGGCUUGCGACUGGACGGAAGAAUGGCUGAGCGAAGGAUUUGCUACUCACUUGGAAGAUGUAUUUUGGGCAAAAGCACAGCAGCUGGCCCCCCGAGAGGCCCAGGAGCAGCAAGAGCUGCGGGCCUGCCUGCGCUGGCGCCGCCUCCAGGAUGAGGUACGGAACUCGGCCGAAGAGAUGCAAGUUCUAAGACCUAACAAAGAGAAAACUGGGUGUGUGACUGAUUCAGGAGCAUCUGUUAUCAAACAUGGACUCAAUCCAGAGAAGACUUUCAUGCAGGUUCAUUAUUUAAAGGGCUAUUUCCUUCUUCGGUUUCUUGCCAAAAGAUUUGGAGAUGAAAACUAUUUUUCAUUUUUAAGAAAAUUUGUGCACAAAUUUCAUGGACAAUUGAUUCUUUCCCAGGAUUUCCUUCAAAUACUAUUGGAGAACAUCCCAGAAGAAAAAAGGCUUGAGUUGUCUGUUGAAAACAUCUUCCAAGACUGGCUUGAGAGUUCUGGAAUACCAAAGUCGCUGCAGAGGGAGCGCCAGGCCGGGGCGGAGUGCGGGCUCGUGUGGCAAGUGAGCGCUGAGGUCACGAAAUGGAUUCGCGUGAACCGGAGACACAGAAAACGGAAACGAAGGGAGAACGAGGAGGUGUUUGAAAAGCUUCUUCCAGACCAACUGGUGUUGCUUCUGGAGCAUCUCUUGGAGCAGAAGACCCUGUACCCACGAACCCUGCAAAGCCUCCAGCAGACAUAUUGCCUUCCUGAGCAGGAUGCAGAGGUUCGCCAUCGGUGGUGUGAGCUCAUUGUCAAGCACAAGUACACAAAAGCAUAUGAGCAAGUGGAGGACUUCCUGCAGGGGGACCAGGCCAUGGGCAUCUACCUCUAUGGGGAGCUGAUGGUGAGUGAGGACGCCCGGCAGCAACAGCUUGCCCGCAAGUGCUUCGAGCUGACCAAGGAGCAGAUGGACAGAGCUUCAGCCCAGGUCGUGGCUGAGAUGCUGUUUUAAAGAGG